AUGAUGCUACACAAGAAAAAUGUCUUGCAAGAAAUUGUUGUUGGAGACAACCAUUUGAGAAUAGAAAUCAAAGAGAAAAAACAUUUUAGUGCUUUUCAUGAUAUAAAUGUACCGUAUUGUUAUUAUCCAAAAGAUUUUCCGACAUAUAAAUUACAAACAAAUGAACAAACGGAGUUUGGACAACGAUUACGAAUUAAUAAAUCAGAAACAACAUAUAUGCCACAUGAUAUUACUGAUUUAACUGUUGAUCUUAUAUAUGAAACAGAACAUAGAUUUCGUAUUCGUAUUUAUGAUACAAUAUACAAACGAUAUGAAGUACCACUUGAAGUACCUGUUAUAACAAAAAAAACGAAUCAAACUGAUUAUGAUGUUAAAAUUAAUUCAAAUCCAUUUUCACUUCUUAUUACAAGAAAAUCAACAGGUGUUACAUUAUUUGAUUCAAGUGUAUCACCACUUAUAUUUGCAGAUCAAUUUAUAAAGUUUUCAACACGUUUAUCAAGUCCAUAUGUUUAUGGUCUUGGUGAACAUCGACAAGCAUUAUUAAUAGAUCUAACAGAAAAAUGGAAAAAAUUAACAUUUUGGUCACGAGAUUUUCCACCCGUAGAAAAUACAAAUCUUUAUGGUGUUCAUCCAUUUCAUAUUAAUCCAGAAUUUAAUAGAGAUAAUUCAACGAAUUUUCACGGACAAUUUUUUCUUAAUUCAAAUGCAAUGGAUAUUGAUCUUCAACCAUUACCUGCAUUAACUUAUACAACUAUUGGUGGAAUUAUUGAUUUAUAUAUUUUCACUGGACCGACAAUACAAAAUGUUAUUGAACAAUAUUGGGAUAUCAUCGGAAAACCAAUUAUGCCACCUUUUUGGUCAUUAGGAUUUCAUCUUUGUCGUUAUGGUUAUAAUAGUAUUGAAAAUAUGUUAGCAACUGUUAAAAGAAUGGAUGAUGCUAAUUUUCCAUAUGAUGUACAAUGGACAGAUAUUGAUGCAAUGUCAUCUUAUUUAGAUUUUACAUAUGAUGAGAAAAAUUUUCAUGGUCUUCCUGAUUUUGUACGUAACUUACAAGCUAAUGGAAAACAUUAUGUUAAUAUAAUUGAUCCUGGAAUAAGUUCAGUUCAAUCUCCGGGGUCCUAUUUACCAUAUGAAGAAGGAUUAAGAAAAAAUAUUUUUAUGAAAAAAUUUAAUUCAACUGAAUUAAUUCUAGGAAAAGUUUGGCCAGGUAUAACAGCUUUUCCUGAUUUUACAAAUCCAAAUGCGACUGAUUGGUGGACAAAUAUAUCUUCUAUUUUUCAUGAUAUCGUUCCAUUUGAUGGAAUGUGGAUUGAUAUGAACGAACCAUCAAGUUUUAUUGAUGGAUCAAGUGAUGGUUGCACAAUGAAUAAUUUAGAUAAUCCACCAUUCAUUCCUAAUGUACUUGGUGGUAGUCUUAGUUCAAAAACUUUAUGUCCAUCUGCUCAACAAUAUCUUUCACAACAUUAUAAUUUACAUAGUAAAUUUACUGCUCAUUGGACUGGAGAUAAUCGAGCUACAUUUGAUGAUAUGUACUUUUCAAUUCCUGCUAUUCUCAAUUUUAAUAUGUUUGGUAUCACACAUGUUGGUGCUGAUAUUUGUGGAUUUGGACUUGAAACAACUGAAGAAUUAUGUACACGAUGGAUGCAACUUGGCGCUUUUUAUCCAUUUAUGAGAAAUCAUAAUGACCUAGGACAAAAAGAUCAAGAUCCGGGAUCAUUUUCAUAUGCAGCUCAACAAAGUAUGAAACAAGCAUUGCUUAUGCGAUAUUCAUUAGUUCCAUUUUGGUAUACUCGUCAUUACGAAGCAGCAAUGUUAUCUAGAACUAUUAUUCAACCACUUUUCUUCGAAUAUCCAAAUGAUAGAAAUACGUAUAAUAUUGAUCAACAAUUUUUAAUCGGGCGUGCUCUUCUUGUCUCACCAAAUUUAAAAACAGAAACAACUUCUAUUAAUGCUUAUAUUCCUUCUGAUGUUUGGUAUGAAUUUCCAUCCGGUAUUAGAGUUGAAAAAGUAGGUACAUUUAUAAAUUUGGAUGCACCAUUAUCAAAAAUAAACGUACAUGUUCGUGGUGGUUUUAUUAUUCCAAUGCAAAUACCCGGCGAUAAUUUAAUUAUUGGACGUGGUAAUCCAUUUACAUUACUUGUUGUACAAUCUCAAUGGGGUAAUGCAAAUGGAAAUCUUUUCUGGGAUGAUGGUGAUUCAAUUGAUUCAAUUGAAACAAAAACAUAUAAUUAUUUGGAAUUUUCAUUAAUGAAUGGCACUACAUUGAGAAUAGAUGCUCUUGUAACAAAUUAUCAAGAUAGACCAAUGCGUUUGGAACUUGUAAAAAUUCUUGGAGUUAAUAAGACAGUUACUAAUGUGAAUAUAAAUGGAAAAUCUUAUACAAAUUUUCUCUAUAAUAUUUUUGAUCAAAUUCUACUUAUAUAUGGACUUGAGUUAGAUAUGUUAACUCAAUCAAUUCAAACCAUUCAAUGGACAAUGACAAAUUAA